AUGGCGGACGACAACAACAACGACAACGACCUCGAGCUGAAUCCUUCUGAGGUUGCCAAACCGCAGCCUAUUGUUCGCCGAUUUGCAACUGCCAGCCUCCGAAGAUGUGCGGCCGCAUCGGGCCAAGGACGUCAGGAGCUCCGGGCUAGUGAGUACCAGUUCAACGAUGAUGAUCCGUUAUGUCUGUCAGUGGUCAGAUAUCUCUCUGCGGGUUUGAAAGGACUGGUAGCCUUCUUGGCUGAGCAGCCAAGGCAAUUGAAGCACCUGGAGUGGCCGGGCUUUCAGAACACGUUCAAGACGGCUAUGCUUACUCUUAUACUUGUAGCUGUGUUUAUUGUUGCACUAUCAACUGUUGAUGCUACCCUUUGCUACGUGCUGGCCUGGCUACUUCGGAAAUCCACCUAG